GUCAGGCCUCUCUUCACCUCAAGCAACAGAUGCGACGCAACAGAACAACAUUUCCAUACCCGCCAUAACGUUAGACAACCUCUGUCGAAAUAUCAAUAUCACCUGAGAACCCCUCUGUGAUAUCGUUAGUAGCCGCAACAGUUCGAUAAUACUCUCGCAACCAUCGAUCGGCACCUGGCGUGGACACAUCACCUCCGACAGAAAAAAAAAACCACCCUCUCGUCAUAACCCCGCACACGCGACACAUCUCACGCGUAACGGAACCGCUACGCUUUUUGCGCCUGCCAAGUCGCUUUCCAGUGAUCACGGAAUAGCAUUCAGCGACGCUGUUCAAGUGUUGCUCGCAAGCCGCAAUGGACGUCCAAUUGGAACAAGCUGUGGAGAUCGCGGCGGACCCUCGCCGUCAUGCUGACCCCCAGCUCGCGCAACAAGCUGUCACCUACAUCCACACCGUCAAAGCCUCCGAAGAUGGCUGGCAGGCAGCAUUGUCGCUUUUCAUCCGUACCCCGCGGGCGUCCGAAACAACCUGCAUGUACUGCCUUGAGAUCCUGAAGGAAGCUAUCGAUCGACGCUCGCAGCGCGCAGACGACGAAUCCAUACUGUAUAUUCGUCGGGUUAUUUGGGAAUAUGUGUUGAAGAGCUAUGGGCCCGGGCCUGCUCCCUCGGAUAGUGCCUUCAUCCAGAACAAGCUCGGUCAGGUUAUGACGAUGCUCUUCAUCGCAACAUACAUGCACAGCUGGCAGACUUUCUUCGAUGAUCUGAUCGCUCUCGGCAAGUCCUCGCCUGGCGCUGGGUGGGACAACCUCCCGGGUAUCCAGUUCUUCUUGCGUGUAUGCGCCAGUGUUCACGACGAGGUCGCUGAUGUUCUUAUACCAAGGACUCCGCAGGAGGGGCAGAGGAAUGUUAUGAUCAAAGAUUGUGUGCGUGAGCGAGACAUGCGGAACCUAGUCGCGACAUGGCAGGAGAUCAUGGAGGAGUGGAAGGGCAAAGAAGAUAACUCAGUCGUAGAGAUGGGUCUCAGGAUUAUUAGCCGAUGGGUCAGCUGGAUUGAUAUUUCGCUCGUCGUUAAUGACUUGAUGUUGAGCCAGCUCUUCCAAUUUAUGGACUUUGGCGGCAAGGUUCGCGAUGCGGCGAUUGGUGCCUUGACCGAAAUCGUUAGCAAGAAGAUGAAGCCCGCAGACAAACUGGACCUGAUUACUUUCCUCAAUGUUGGACAGAUCGCAGAUCAGAUCGCUCAGUCUCCAGCCCUACAGGACCAGAAGGCGGACGAUUAUGAUACAGAUCUUGCCGAAGGGGCGGCGAAGUUGGUCAAUGCGGCCAUGAUGGAUAUUGUCGCCAUACUGGGCCGAGACGAUGUUGAUGAAAACAACAAGCACCGGGCUGAAAAUCUGCUUCAAAUGUUUCUGCCCUUGCUGCUCCGGUUCUUUUCCGAUGACUACGAUGAUACCUCUGCUGCUGUUUUCCCCGUCACCACCGAGCUCCUGUCAUUCAUCCGCAAGGAAAAAAAGGUUACCGGGGGACUCAUGCCCGGGCACGCAGCUAUGCUUCAGCCGAUUUUGAACGCAAUUGUGAUGAAGACGAAAUACGAUGCCGACACGAACUGGGGGGAUGAGGAUGAACAGUCGGAGGAGGCAGAAUUCGAGCAGCUGAGGAGGCAGCUCAAGACUAUGCAAGAUGCUAUCUCGACAAUCGAUGAAGGCCUCUAUAUCGAUCUGAUGUCCCAACUUGUAGAAGGAACUUUCGACAGGAUGCAAGGUGGCAACAACUCGGUUGACUGGCGUGAUGUGGACUUGGCUCUUUAUGAGAUGUCUUCCUUUGGAGAGAUGGCGAUGCGUUACGGUGGUCUGUUCGCGAAGGGGCAACCUACCGGUCUUCCAGCGGAGAGACUCGUCAACAUGUUGGGCAAAAUGAUGGCUUCUAAUGUCGCGGAUCAUCCUCACCCAGUUAUCAAACUCAAGUCUAUGGAAAUCUUCAUGCGACAUACCGCAUUUUUUGAAGUGCACACGAACUACAUCCCACAGGCACUAGAGGGGUUCAAUAAGUGUAUCCAUGACACCCAUAUCCGUGUUAGAACUCGAUCGUGGUACCUAUUUCAUCGUUUUGUCAAGAGCCUGAGACAGCAUAUGGGUGAAGUUGCCGAAACGAUCAUGAGAGCUAUGGGCGACCUGCUCGUUAUCCGUGCGGAAUUGCCAAAAGAUAAACAAGACGCAGAUGAAAUGUCAGAGUCCCAGCAGACUGGGGAUUCGACCUUCGAGAGCCAACUCUACCUCUUCGAAGCAGUCGGGUGCAUGUGCUCGGUCCCAACAUUGUCUGUCGAAAAACAGGCCGUCUUGGUCAAAUCGGUAACGACACCAAUGUUUGCCGACAUGGAGAAGAACCUUGCAUCGGCAGAGAGUGGAGACUUGAUGGCCGCACUUCAGAUUCACCAUGACGUUAUGGCACUCGGCACACUGGGAAAGGGCUUCUCCGAUUGGGUUACGGGUAGUCGUCCGGACAAGAGCUGUGCUCCAGAAGUUGCAGAGGAGUUUGGGCGGGUUACUGAGGCCAUCUUGGUCGCUUUAGAGCGAUUGAGCAACUUUGCUAUCAUCCGAGAAUCGGCGAGGUUUUCGUUUGCGCGCAUCGUUGGAGUUCUGGGUCCGAAUAUCCUGCCGACACUGCCUCGGUGGAUCGCGGGAUUGAUGGCGAAGAGCUCUACUAAGGAGGAGGUCUCUAUGUUUCUCAAGUUGAUGAACCAUCUCAUUCAUGGUUUUAAGAACGUGAUCUUCGACAUGCUGAACGAUCUGCUCAUGCCGCUGUUGCAACGCAUCUUUACGUCACUCUCAGAACCAGUGACCGGGACAGACGACGAGGUCCAGCUCGCCGAGCUUCGAAGAGACUUCCUCAAUUUCAUUGUAGUCAUUCUGAACAAUGAUCUUGGCCAGGUUCUUGUCAGCGAAGCCAACAAGGACCAAUUCGAGACUGUCCUGAAUGUAAUUGAGCACUAUGCCAAAGAGAUUUCAGAUCCGACCACACAAAAACUCGCCGUCAACCUUCUCAACAAGAUGUCCUUCGUCUUCGGUCCUGCCGUUGGUAAUAACAAGAUAGUAACAACCCUAGUGGGAGCCAUUCCCCCUCAAGAACAGCCACUCUCCGGCUUCGAAAACCUCAUGACUGAGCGCUUCUCCCUCCUGUGCUGGGAAAUCCCGUACACAUCCGGCUUCAACCCCAAGGAUGCCCAAGGGAGAGCAGUACUCGGCGAGAUUGCGUCGCUGCAGAAGAUGCUGUACCUGAAGCUAGGCGAGAGCUUCCUGGACAGCCUCAAGGGCGCCAUCUUCCCCCGCAUCGGCGUUAGCAGGGGUACCGAAGAGUACUGCGACAGCCUAAGACAGACAGACGUGAAGCAGUUCAAGGCAUUCUUCGUGAAGUUCGUACAAGAAGUGUUAUAGUCGUCGCUUUUCUUUUCCUUUCUAUAUCGAUUUUGUACAAUAUCACGAUCGUACCAUUUUCGCUGCAGCAUGCUCCAUCAAAUAUUCGGAAUAUGUUGUGUUCUUCAUCCACGGAGUUUUUUUCAUUCUUAGUUUUUUUCACCUUUCCUAUAUACUUAGCGACAGAUGUUUUUUUUCUCUUUGAUACUUAUUUGGAGUACUUCGUUUUUUUAGAGAUCAUACGGAGAGGAUGGAGGAGCAUUGGUCGGAAGAAGUGUAGGAAUUAGAUUUCGUGAUGACGAUGAGGGCCCGGGCAGAUGAAGAAAAGUUCUCGUUUUUCUUCAAUUUCCUGGUUGGUACUUGGUCUGUGCAUACUCUGGAUUUCUUCUCUUUCCGACGAAUAACUACUGGUAUCAUAACAUGG